AUGUUUGUCAAGUGGGUCGUAUGGGCCCCCGCGACGGCCUGCAUUGGAAGCGUUUUCUCCAUGGGGCGUAACACUGGAGAGUUCUGGCCCCUCCCCAAUCCCCCAUCCGACCCAAAUCUGUGUUCCGGACGAACACGCGACGACCGGGGCAUCAGGAUGCCAUGCUCCACCUCCUCGGUUUUUUUUUUGUACGCAAACCGCAAGCCAAAUUCCGACUUGUUUCCCCUGUUGUCACUUGUGAAGGGAGCAUCGAUUGUAUAUAGACCUUGCCUUCUUCCCCCCUGGACUGUGUGA